AUGUCGUUCUCGCCGCCGAUUCAACCUGCACCGGAAUUCGGAACCCACAAUCCAGUAUCCACAUCGUUUUCCCAGGGCGAUGGGAACGAGAACCCCCCUCCUCCAGCCUCUCAUAAGCAUGCAUCUCAAGAUGCUGUAGCCCUGCGGAGCUGCAUCACCUGUCGCCGAAGGAAGGUCCGCUGCGACAAAAGGUCCCCGUGCUCGAAUUGCGUCAAAGCGAGCAUUGACUGCAUCUUCCCCCCACCAGGUCGCGCGCCGCGCAAAGUGAAGCGGCAACCGGCUGAAAAUGCAGAGCUGCUAACGCGGCUGCGGCAACUCGAAAAUAUAGUCGAGGCCGCGAUGACCAAUUCCAAUACUCAAGCUACGCCGUCGCCGCCUCAACAACGCACCGAUCGCUCGAGCGGCGAUCCGCCUGCUGGACCUCAGCCUCCUCGUCAUGAUGAGGGUGAAAGUGGAUGUCCAGCUGCGGCUACGGCCGCGGCGGGGCAAAUGCCAUCGUUGGAGCACGAGUUCGGAAGACUCGUCAUUGAAGAUAAUCGGAGCCGAUAUGUGAGCAAUCGGUUUUGGGCAAGUCUCGGAGAUCAGAUCGAGGAAUUGCAGGAUAUUCUUGACCAUUCAUCUUCCGAUGAAGAGGACCACUCCUCACCAGGGUCGGCUUCUAGCUACUCCACGCCUCAUGAUGGAAUGCUCUUUGGUUUCUAUUCUCUUGCCCGCUCUCUCCGAAAUUUCCACCCGCUCCCGGGUAAAGUUCCGGUGCUAUGGGAAAUUUACGCGGAGAAUGUUAAACCGUUGCUGCCCGUGGUUCAUGGCCCCGCAGCGCAGCAACUGUUCACAGCAGCUGCGCGGGCCCCAGAUGCUUUGGAUAAAAACAAUGAGGCCUUGGUACUCGCUAUGUACUUUGCAGCGAUCGUCAGCAUGUCUCCUGAGCAGUGUAUGGCUCAGUUAGGAGAAGCCCGUGACACCCUUGUCGGCCGUUAUCGGUUCGCUGUGGAGCAAGCAUUGUCCAAAGCUAAUCUGUUGAAUACCCAAACCCUGACAUUGAUGCAGGCUGCAGUGAUAUUUUUGAACGCUGUUCGUCGAGACGAUGAUACUAAAUUCGUCUGGUCAAUGUCAUCUCUUAUACUUCGCCUGGCACAAGGACUCGGCUUACAUCGGGAUGGAAACAACUUUAAUUUAAGGCCAUUUGACGCUGAAAUGCGUCGGAGACUGUGGUGGCACGUUGUUCUACUUGACCUUCGAUCUUCCGAGGACCAUGGGACUGAUGUGCAGAUCCACGAUCGAAUGUUUGAUACCAGACUUCCCUUGAAUAUCAACGAUGACGAUAUUUCUCCCUACAUGAAAGAGCGACCGAAGCCGAGAGUAGGUUUCACGGACAUGACCUUCUUCCUCGUGCGGUGCGAUAUCUGCUAUGCUCUUCGGCGGGUGGCAUAUACAUGUCCAAAUACUAGCGGUGCUGUUUCAGGACCCACCCCGGACAACUGCGGCAAUGUAGUACAAACUGUGAAUAUGCACAUCGAAGAGCAAUAUCUGAAACAUUGCAACAUGGCGGAUCCGAUACAGUGGAUUAGUGCGACAGUUGCGCGCCUAGUUCUCACGAAAAUGUGGCUUGUGAUACACCACCCGAUAUCACGCCAGGAUCUCGAAUCGCGAAUCAGCCAUGAGUCUCGGGAAAGCUUAUUUAUCACGUCCAUUGAGGUUACCGAGUUUGCCCGUUUGAUCAAAGAAGACGAGAACACAAAGAAGUGGAGCUGGAUGUUUGAUGCUUAUAUGCAGUGGCACGCUAUCGCUAUGGUGCUGGCUGAACUCUGCGUGCGCCCAUUGAGCGCUCUGACGGAUCGUGCAUGGAUCGCGGUAACAACUGUAUAUGAUGACUGGCUACGGACCGCGAAACAGCGGAAAGGGAUGCUUUGGAGACCGCUUGCAAAGCUUAUGAAACGAGCAGGCGCCCUGAGAAAGAAACAACUAGAAGAAUUAGCGGCUCAUGUUGCAAAUCAGCAAGCCGCUGCCCGAAACGCAAUACCUGUUUCCGCGCAGUAUGAUCGGCCUUCUAUAGGAUCGCCUUUCUCAUCGCACUUUCCGGAACACUCAAGGUUGGUAGCUGCGGCACCACCGAUGGAUUGGGAUCCGUCCCAAGGCCCACUGGACUUUGAUAUCACCCAAGGCCCUAUGGGUGCGAUCCAGUCACUUUUCCCAGAAGGUAACUUCUUUGCCACGCCUGCGAACCUUAGCUCGACAGCACCACAGACUCAAGCGAAUAUGAAUGUCCCCAUACCCACGCUUAAUGAACAACUGGCUGGAAUCCCACAAGACCCUUCUAAUCCAGCCGCCAAUUAUCCGGAAUGGGACCAGGUGCUGCGAGAGUUUCAGUUAGACCAGGGCAAUAACCCCAUGGGCGAUGUCACUGGGUGGGUGGCUUGA